AUGAAAUGGCUUUAUGUUGAAGAGAGCGCAGGUUCAUGGCUGGAGGAAGAGAAUCGGUUGAAUUUAAUUCAGACGAGUGUGUGGUGAUUCUGUGUUUAGUCUGAAUGCAAGAACAUUUAAGAACAACAGAAAGGGCACUGCAGAAUGACUGAUUUCAUACUCUAACCGAAACCCUGGAUUACGUCACAAUGAAAGACUAAGCCCCCUCUUCUCUUUUCCUGCCAUUUGCUGUGGUUAAUGUGUAACCAGAGCAAAUGCCAUUCAACCCAUGUUGGUGGUUGUUUGUGCAGAAUAAAAAUGAUUUAAUCUUUUCGAGGUGAAAUAUCCAUCCAAAUGUCUUGAGCAUUAAGCAAUAAGAGGAAGAAAAAAACAAACCGCCAAGAUGUGUUGCUCCGGCUUUCUCAAAAUUAUGAUGUUUGUCUUCAAUGGUGGCAUCUUUUUGGCAGGUGCAGCCAUCCUGGGUGUGGGAAUAUGGGUGAAAGUGGACAGCAAUUCUCUGUUCGGUUUACUCGACAAUGUGGACAACGUACCACCCGAGCUAUCCCAGCUGGUCUAUGUCAGCUACCUGCUCAUAGGAGUGGGUGCUGUGCUGCUGAUCAUCGGUUUCCUGGGCUGCUGCGGAGCUAUGAGGGAGAGCCGGUGCAUGCUGCUGACGUUCUUCUGUAUUGUGCUGAUUAUCUUCCUGGUUGAAGUCGCUGGAGCUGUGGUGCUGCUCGUCUUCCGCAAUGUGGCUGAGGACCUUCUCAAAGGCCUGGAGAAGGACGUAAGACGCAGCAUUCGCAAAGAAUAUGGAGACAAAGAGGGUUUGACAUCUCUCUGGAACACCACCAUGGAGCAGUUUAAAUGCUGCGGAUAUAACAACUACACAGACUUUAAUGGCUCCCCCUUUAACCUUAAGGAUGGCAAAAAUCUUUAUCCAACCAUGUGUUGCAAUAGCACUAACAUCAACACAUGUAGUGAAAACAUGGCAAAUACGUCGAAUGUGGAAGGCUGCUUUAGCAAGCUGCUGGACUGGAUACAAAGUAAUGCUACGAUCAUUGCGGCGGUGGCUCUUGGAAUUGUUGCUCUUGAGAUUGCUGCUAUGGUGGUGUCAAUGGUUCUCUACAAGAACAUUGGCUCGAAGGCGUGAUGUUGAUGUGUCCACCUCCCUUGAUUCAAAAUAGCGACAUUGUAAUUGGUGGAGAAAUGACUGACUUGUUAGCACUUUUCUGUGUUUGUGUCCUUUGAUUCGAAACAGAGACAUGACCUCACGCAUGUAGAACACUGACACCCAGGAAGGAGAGGCAGGCGGUUGAACCACUGUGAUUUUUUAAAAACUGUCUCUCAUGUGCAUUUUGUUCUGUGAUUUACUGGGCGACCUAAGAAUGACUUGUCAAGUAAUGCAUGUGCUGAACCACAUACUGUACAUGUAUGUGUAUGUGUAAUGAAGCACUGUGUGAGUGCAGCUGUGUCAGCUGUUUUUGUCCUGCAAAUUGAAUGCAGUGAUAUGAAAAAUAAUAUUUUUUUACAAUGGAUCACAUAUUAAAAGUAAAUAUAAAUAAAUAUCACAAUCUUGAAUCUUUUUUUUUAAACCAUUGGUUAUUUUGCCAUCCACACAAAAGUGCAGCUGGAUUUUGUUCUGAUCCCACACGGGAAAACUUAAUUACCUUCGUUACUGCCAAUAAGAACACAAUAAACAAUUGUUAUCAUAUGACUGGGACGCGAUAUCACCAACUAUUAAUGUUGAAUGGUCAAACGGGCAAAGUCCUGGCUCCAACAGUCACUUUGCUUGAAGUCAUUAUCUUUAUAUUGAUAUGGACGAUAGCUCUGGUUUAUCGUUAUUUAAUCACAGGGAAUGAUUCUCAGAAUCAGGAGAGUAAGAGUUUAAGGUUUAUGAUUUCAGCCUUUCUGUCUGUU